UUCCCCGUCGCUCGAAUCAAGCGCAUCAUGCAGGCAGAUGAAGACAUUGGAAAAGUGGCUCAAGUGACGCCCACCGUCGUUAGUCGCGCGCUGGAGCUGUUCAUGAUCAAGCUCAUUUCCUCGUCGGCACACCAAGCACGGGGGCCCGCGACUGCUGGCACAUCCAAAGGACCCAAGCGCGUAUUGCAACAGCAUCUGAAGAAGGCGGUGCAGGCGGAUGAGAAGUUCGACUUUCUCAACGAGAUUGUGGACAAGGUCCCAGAU